AUGGCUACACUCUCUGUGCCGUCGCCUAACCUGGGCUCAGCUUCAUUGGGUGACAGCAUCCACAGGCCACUCUCCACCCAUGGCUUGCCAAAGCAGCCGCGUACAAUGUCACCCGAACGACCACAUCGGUUUUCAGCAAAGAGUUACCCUCCUCCAGCUCUUGUUCACACUCCCAUGACACCACAGUCGUUGGGACCAAUGUCUCCCCCACCCAUGUCAGCAAAGUCCUUUGGGACGUUCAUCGACUCAGAGCCAUCGACACCAGCCUACUCACCAAGAAUGGAUCACGAGUGGGGCGACUCAUCGGUGGUCUUAGUCCGACCUAUGUCUUCGUCCUCAGAGCCAUCCAGCCCUACCGAGCCUGUAUGGCGCAUGCUGCAACCGCUGCCAGUAAAGGCUCCGCCCAAGCCUAAGGCUAUCGUCGCAAGUCCUCAAUCUAUGGAAGCAGCCACUACCGCCAAGGAGAUCUCAACGAACACUUCGCUUUCAUCACAUCCUACUAAACAGGCGAGGCACAUCAGUCGCCCACAAGAGAUCAAGCUGGCAGAUCUAUCGCAGCAAGACUACACCCCAAAGAGUGAAGAUAUCGCAAAGGAUGAUGAGAAAAGGCUACAAGAACAGACUGCCAGCACUCCCACCGCGGCGACCUUUGGCAAGCUGGCGACAAAGAUGAAGUUAAUGUUACGAAGGAAGAACACAAACGCAAAGAAGAAAGAGAAGAAGAAGAGGCAGUACGAAGAAGUCGACCGUAUCGAGGACGUCCACUGGACAGAGAUAUGGAAACAGCCAACUAGGGACCCCACAACUAUCCUCCUCGAGUCCGGCUUCCCAACCAAGACCGUACUUGUUCUUCUCGUGCUCGGCGGUCUAGCAUACUACUUCGUCGACAUCGUAGAAACGGACUGGACAGAUAGCGUCUAUGCGGCUUUUUCAUCUGGCGAUGAUGCCUCCGCCCUUGCGACACCUCUCCAUUUCUACAACUCCCGUGAGGAGAUCCAACACGUGCUUGACUUUCACAUCCCGGACCCCAGCGCGCCGCUCAAGGAUCCCAAUGUCGCCAAGUUUUUUUCGGAGCAGUUCGACAAGUUAUGUUUUGGGUGGAUGAUGACAGAGGACGAUGCGAAGAAGGGUGUUGAAGGCAUGGAAGGCGUACAAAUGCCCAUCACACACGGAUGUCGCUUCCGUAGCAACGAGCCUUGUGAAGACUAUUUCGCACUGGGGACAUCACCAGGCCCAGGGGAUAAGCUGUGGAAUUACUGGACGGUGCUAGAUGGACACGCAGGACGCCACACAGCAUUCUAUCUGCAAUGGACAUUAAUCCCCAUGGUCAGCUCCGCCCUAACCAGCCUGUCACAAUUCGCCUCAAGCCCAGAAGUCGAAUCCACAAUAAAGCGUGCCUUCCUCAACAUCGACAAGACAAUCAUGGACCGAGCAAAGACUGCCGCAAACUGGUUUCCCGCCGCGAACGGCGCCGCAAUCGCUGCUCUGACCCCAGCCUUCUCAGGUUCCUGUGCUCUCCUAGCAGCCUUUGAUCCUCAAACCUCAAGAUUACGUGUAGCAUGCACGGGCGACUCUCGCGCUGUGCUUGGCCGCUGGGACCCGACAACAGAAUCAUAUACCGCAGUUCCAUUAUCAGAAGACCAAACCGGAUUCAACGCCAAAGAGGUCGCGAGACUGAGCCAAGAACACCCGGACGAGUCCGUCAUCGACCCCAAAACAGGUCGUAUGCUCGGCAUAGCAGUGACACGGGCUUUCGGUGAUCAUCGCUGGAAAUGGGACAAUGAGUUCAUCAAAGCUGUCCAACACAAGUUCUGGGGUACUGCGCCGAGACCUGGUAGUAAAAGCCCUCCAUACAUGACUGCUGAACCUGAGAUUACGGAAACAGAAGUUGUGAGACGAGAACCUGGCGACGGGAAAGGCAAGAGCGACUUUAUGAUUUUAGCUUCUGAUGGUCUUUGGGAUCGUAUUUCUUCUGAACAUGCUGUGGAAUGUGUUUCUAGGUACUUGGCCGCCCGAGAGCGAGGCCAAGAAGUAGAUUGGAAAGCAACGCCAGAGUACUUCGCCAUUGAGGAUGAGAACGCAGCUGUUUGUCUAGCGAGGAAUGCCAUGGGUGGAACUAGGAGGGGGUUGUUUUUGGGUAUCUUAGCGGGUCCUGAGCCAUUAAGUCGGAAUGCUGUGGAUGAUACUACAAUCAUGGUAGUUUUCUUCGAUAAGCUGGGCGAUGGCAAGGGAGAAGGAACGGGAGCGGCGAAGAAGAAGAUGGAGAAGAAAGAGAAGAAGUGGUGGUGGCCGUUCUGA